UAUGCUAUGCUCACCAUGUGUAUGUAUUAAUGCUCCAGACAAGGCCCCACCUCCUUCAGACACUCUAAAACAAACAACUCCCGUUACUGCUGCUACAACCGCAGCAUUCAACCAACCAUACAAACAUGCCAACGACACCAAAAUCUAUCUCUCUCUUUCUUUCUCUUUUAUACUCCUCCCUCCCUCUGAUUGCAUAAUUUAUUCACAACCUUUUCUGAAUAAUUUUUUAUCUAUAUUUUAUUUCUUCUAUCUCAGCCCUCAAAAUCGCCAAACGAAGACACGUAUAAAUAUAGACAGAGUGGUUUUGUGUGUGCGUGUGUAUACAUAAUUUAUAUUAAUACAUAUAAGCUAGCCGGCGAUGCCGACGCCGGUGAGCGCAGCAAGGCAAUGCUUGACGGAAGAUGCGGCACGUGCUUUGGACGACGCGGUGGCGGUUGCGAGACGGAGGAGCCACGCGCAGACGACGUCACUGCACGCCGUCUCGGCCCUGCUGGCGUUGCCCUCCUCGACUCUCCGCGACGCCUGCGCACGCGCACGGAGCAGCGCGUACUCUCCACGACUCCAAUUCCGAGCUCUUGAGCUCUCCGUCGGUGUCUCCUUGGAUCGAUCGCCGUCCUCGAAAGCUCAGGAUGAGCCUCCGGUCUCGAACUCGCUCAUGGCGGCGAUCAAGCGGUCUCAGGCGAACCAGAGGCGGCAUCCAGAGAGCUUCCACCUGCACCAGAUUCACAACCAGCAGCAGACGGCGUCGCUUUUGAAGGUCGAGCUCAAGCACUUCAUUUUAUCAAUCUUAGACGACCCGAUUGUGAGUCGGGUGUUCGGUGAAGCCGGGUUUCGGAGCUGUGAUAUAAAGCUCGCGAUUCUUCACCCGCCGGUGACUCAAUCGACCCGGUUUCCUCGGACCCGGUGCCCGCCCAUUUUCUUGUGUAACUUAACGGAUGCGGACCAGGCCCGACCUGGCUUCAGCUUCCCGUUUUCCGGGCUCGAAGACAGAGAUGAGAACAUUAGAAGAAUCAGCGACGUGUUAGUUAGAAAGAGCGGGAAAAAUCCGUUGCUAAUCGGUGUUUGUGCCAGCGAAGCUCUCAAGAGCUUCACGGAGGCCGUACAGAAAGGUAAAACAGGGCUUUUGCCAGCUGAAAUCACUAGUUUCAGUGUGGUUUGCAUUGAGAAGGAGAUUUCCGAGUUUGUUGUCGAUGGCGGGAGUGAGGAGAAGAUGAGUCUCAAGUUCAAGGAGGUGGGUCAAAUGGCUGAGCGUUGCUCUGGAGCUGGAACAGGUAUUAUAGUAAACUAUGGUGAAUUGAAGGCUUUGGUGGGUGAGGGUGUGGUAGGUGAAUCUGUGAGCUUUGUGGUGAUGCAGUUGAAGAACUUAUUGGAGAUUUACAGUGGGAAGUUAUGGUUGAUUGGUGCUGCUGCAAAUGAUGAAGUGUACACGAAGCUUUCGGCUCUGUUUUCAACUAUUGCGAAGGAUUGGGAUCUCCAUCUUCUUCCCAUUACUUCUUCUAAAGCUUCAAUGGAAGGAAUUUACUCUAAAUCCAGCUUGAUGGGGUCCUUUGUUCCAUUUGGAGGAUUCUUUCCUGGACCGUCCGACUUUAAAAAUCCAUUGAGCAGCACGUAUCAAUCUUUUAGACGUUGUCAUCAGUGCACAGAGAAGUAUGAGCAAGAAGUAGCUGCUAUUCGGAAAUUAGGAUCAACUAUUUCAGCAGCUGAUCAGUGCUCGGAUAGCUUGCCUUCUUGGUUGCAAAUUCCAGAACUUGUUACUGGCAAGGGAGUGGAUCUAGAAAAGACCAAAGAUGAUCAAACAACAUUGAAUGCUCAAGUAUCAGCACUGCAGAAAAAAUGGAAUGAUAUAUGCCGACAAAAUCAUCACACUCAACCAUUCCCUAAAGUGGAUUGUUAUCAAACAGGGUGUCAAGUUGCAUCUGCUAGGGGCUCUCGAGCCGUUGUGGAUGGGAAAGCAAAUAGUGGUGAAGAUUCAUGUCUAAAUGAAAGCCAUUCUGCUAUUCAAUAUGGCUGUAAGCCGAUGAACAUGCAAACGAGUUUUCUAUUAAAACAGAACUUACCGAUGCAAGUAGUUUCUAAUGCCGAGAAUGCUAGUCCCCAGUCUGAACUAUUGGCAAAAGAUUCAAAGGGUCAGCGACUUGAAUUGGGGAGCCCCUGCUGUUCUCCUUACCCUAUCCACAGUGUGAAUCUUCCGACUGACCACACAUGUUCUUUGUCUGUCACUUCUGUGACUACGGAUUUGGGAUUGGGGACAUUAUAUGCAUCAACUUGUCUGGGACCAAGAAGUCCUAGACUACAAGAUCAUAAAGAGAGUCUAGGACACCUCUCUGGUUCCAUUUCUGCUGACUUUGAUGCAUUAAGUGAGAAUACUUCACAGCAAAUAGCCCAGUCCUCUUCUUGCUCUGGAUCUGAUGUUGGAGGGCAGUGUGAUCCAAGAGAUAUCAAAUCACUUAGGAGAGUUCUCAAAGAAAAGGUUGGCUGGCAAGAUGAAGCCAUAUGCACUAUUAGUCAAGCUGUGUCAGAUUGGAGAUCUGGUGGUGGAAGGAAUCGGGGUUCAAAACUCAGAGGUGAUAUAUGGCUGACUUUGAUUGGGCCUGAUAGAGUCGGAAAGAAAAAAAUUGCUCUAGCACUUGCUGAGAUAUUGUUUGGAACCAGGGAAAGCCUAAUCUCUGUUGAUCUGGGAUCCCAAGAUAGGGGUUACCAGUCAAAUUCGAUUUUCCAAUGCGAAGGCUCCGAUGAUUACGAUCUGAAGUUUAGGGGUAAGACGGUUGUUGAUUAUGUUGCAGGGGAGUUAAGCAGGAGACCCCAUUCGGUGUUCUUCCUGGAAAAUGUAGAUAAGGCCGACUUUCUGGCCCAGAGUAACUUGUUACAGGCCAUUAGGACUGGCAAGUUUCCAGACUCUCAUGGGAGAGAAAUCAGCAUUAACAACAUAAUCUUUGUGACAACCUCAGCUACCAAAAAGAGAAGCAAAAAUCACUAUAUAGAGAAUGAGCCCCGUAAGUUUUCUGAGGAGAUUAUACUUGCCGCCAAGAGAUGUCAAAUGCAGAUACGAAAUCUUGGGGAUGUCAACCAAAGUAAGGGUGUGAAUGUGAGGAUUGCACCAAGAGAAGGAACCUCAAACCCAUUCUCCGUAAAUAAAAGAAAGCUGAUUGACACAAAUGUCUCCAUCGAUCAAUCCUUUGAAUUACAGAAACGGUCCAACAAGGCGUUAAGGUCCUUUCUGGAUUUGAAUCUGCCAGUGGAGGAGACAGACGAGUGCAUAGAUUCUGAAGGUUUUGACAGUGAUUCCACCUCUGAAAACUCAGAAGCUUGGUUGGAAGAUUUCCUUGAUGAAGUGGAUGUAAAAGUGGUCUUGAAGCCAUUUGAUUUUGAUGCGCUUGCUGAGAAAAUAGUAAAGGAAAUCAAUCAAGAAUUCAAGAAAAUCUUUGGAUCCGAGGUGCAGCUGGAGAUUGAUUUUGGUGUCAUGGUGCAAAUACUUGCAGCUGGGUGGUUAUCAGAAAGGAAGAAAGCACUAAAGGAGUGGAUCGAACAGGUUCUCUGUAGAAGCAUUGAUGAAGCACGUCAGAAGUACUGCCUCACCGGUCAUUCUGUAAUGAAAUUGGUUGCCGGCGAGGCCCUGUCUGUCGAAGAGCAAACUCCCAGUGUUUGCCUUCCUGCUAGAAUUAGUUUGAACUAAUUUUUUUCGCCCACUGUGCUUUUUGUAAGUACAUGUAUACCGUAGCGUUUUAGCAUAUAGCAUUUGGCUGCUUUUCUAAUCAAUCCUAUAUAUUUUUUUGGGGUAAAUCAUUUUGUGUUGUAUUUACUUGUUUUGUAAGAAUGUACAUGUUCCCUCUUGAUCUGCAAGCAGGCAGUUGUGCAGCUUGUACUGUUGUAUUAUCUGUUCCUUGAUCUAAUGUAUCAGCAUCAGGUUGUUUAUUUA